CGCACUCACCAGCUAAGGUCAUCAUAUGGACACUCUCAGCGUCACGGACAACACUACUGUCGUGGGCGGCCCAUCCUCUGCUAUUGGGGAUGCUGACUUCUUGAAGAAAACGCCGCAGCUGUCCACUGCUGCGCUGAACCACCGGUCAACGAGCCACCCUGGUUCCAAAAUGUUCGUCGGUGGUGCAGACUACUUUGACACGAACAGGCAUUUCUUCGUCAAGAUUGGCAAAGAUGGCCUGAUCGUCGCACUAAACAAGCUCGACAAGGAGCUGCAGGAGGCUCAAGGCACCCAUAUAUUGUCUCACAAGCAUCCAGUCUCGUGGAUUGGCAAGGAGAUCACCCCUGGUCAGCUUGGGCUAAUCAACCACGGUGGCCUGCCCAAACUUCUCACCCGUGCCGGACGAUACCCUGGAUUCCCACUGCGGAAUUGGUGGGCAAGAGAGUGGUGCGGCACACAUGGACUGUCAGACACUGUCAUCUCGUUCCAAGGUCUCACUGUCGUCCAGGUUUCGCAGAACCAGGCGGCGGUGGUGUCCGAUCCUCAGAAUCAGAUUUUCGUAAUUAAGAACUCGGGCUUCGUCGCUUAUGCAGUCGAGGGGUCCUACGACGUGUUAGCCAUCAUCGACCAGACGCACCUGUCCCAUCAAGUAACAGAUAAUUCGACGGGUGUGGUUCUGGGAUGGAAGGAAGAGGUCACGAUGCCCAGUGCUCUCGCUGGCGGCAAGCGCAAGGAAUACGUUGUGGCUCUAUUCCUGAAUAUUCCAGCGAACAACUGUGCUAUUCUGCAGAAGGGCGACGACCUUGAGCUCCUCCCAGCCGGACAGCAUUACAUCACGAAUCCGAAUAUCACGCUGCGCGGCAUGUACACUCUCGGAGAGAACCAGAAGGAAAUGCCUACCAAGGACAUCUUCACGCGCGAUCAAGUCCCUGUUAGCUUGACGAUCUACUUCAAGUGGCAGCUUAUGGAACCUCUUAAGCUUGCAACGCAUGGAUACCACACUCCAUAUGAUGCCUUACGAGACAAGACGCAGUCUAUCUUGACACAGAUUGUCGCCCAUCUGGAUUACAGCUCUAUGGUUAAGCAGCGCUCACUGGGCCCCAAUAUGGAUGAUGACACCGACCCUUCAUCGGUCUUCCUCGACGCCCUCCGUACGCGUGCCAUGGAUGACCUACAUCUCGCGGCUCUAGAAUAUGGCAUCGUCCUCAAGGAUCUGGCUGUCAUCGACCGUCAAUUCAAGGGUGACAUCGCGGCCACGAUGGACAAGCUGACCACGAGGGCACUUCAGGCCCAAGUAGAGGCUGCAAAUGUUGACAGGGAGAACAGCAAUAAGAUCAAGCAAGAAGAGGGCUCCCUUGCUGUUGCACGCGUGAAAGCAGAAGCUCGCAAUACACAAGCAGACGCCGAAGCGUACAGCGUUGUUGCUGCCGCCAAGGCGCAAGCGCAGAAGCUUCAGAUCGAGGCUGAGGCACAGGCAAAGGUCACAAAGUUUGCCGCGGAAGCAGAGGCCGAGGCGGUCAGAGUCAAGGCUGAGGCCGAUGCAAACGUCCGAGACCAGUUCGCUCGGGAGAUGGAGUUCCGUAGAAUGGAAGUCUCGCGGGUGAGAGCCUUUGGGUCGAGGACAGUCUUCGUCCCUACCCAGGGUCUCGGGGCCCAGAUGGCUGACUCGAUGGCGGUCGGGAUGGCUGCCGGCAUGGGUUCAAGUUCAAAGCCGUAAUAUCCAUGUAAUUGCUGGCAAGGAUACCUUUCAUUUUUUUUCUGAUACCCUUCAGUCUACUUUCUAACAUAAUAUCAUGUACCGUAAUAUCUCGGACAUUUAUGUCGGAAUUCUUGUCACAGUCUUGUCACGUACCAUCACAACCC